ACAUGUGUUCUCCCCCCAGGUGGCCACCAUGUCCACUCUGUUGGAGAUCAAGAGCAGUGUGCUGAGGCAGGUACAAGUCUGCCCGUCCUUCCGCCGCCGGACAGAACAGGAACCAGACAGCAAUGCUGACAUGCCGGAGGCGGGCACGGGUGCCUGGAAACCCGGGGACGGUGUGGAGUUCUUUGCCCAGAUGCGCCUUCUCCUGAAAAAGGGGGAGGGUCGGCAGGGCCUGCCAUGCCCCGAGGUCCUCCUGCGCAGUGGCUCUCCAGCCCCCGCAGAGCCUGUGGACUCCAACCGUGGCCUGAGACCCCUGACCCAGGAGGAGGUUGAGAUGCUGUACGAAGAAGCACUGUACACGGUCCUCUACCGAGCAGGUACCAUGGGCCCUGAGCAGGUGGACGACGAGGCGGCCCUCCUGGGCUACCUGCAGCAGGUGUUCGGCACCAGCCCUGAGGAGCAUGCUGAAGCCAUUGGGCGGGUGAAAAAGGCCAAGGACCCCACGUAUGCUCUCAAAGUCUCCGUCUUGCGUGCCAAGAACCUCCUGGCCAAGGACCCCAAUGGGUUCAGCGACCCCUACUGCAUGUUGGGGAUCCUGCCUGCCUCGGGCACCCCACGCCAGCCCAGCGGGCACAAGGAGCAACGCUUCAGCCUCCGCAAGAGCAGCCGGCGUGGAGUGCCCCUGCCUGCCAAGUGCAUCCAGGUCACGGAGGUCAAGAGCAGCACGCUGAACCCCGAGUGGAAGGAGCACUUCCUCUUUGAGAUCCAGGACGUGCGCACGGACCAGCUACACCUGGACAUCUGGGACCACGAUGAUGACGUGUCUCUGGCUGAAGCCUGCAGGAAGCUCAACGAGGUCAUUGGCCUGAAGGGCAUGAGCAGGUACUUGAAGCAGAUUGUUAAGUCGGCCCGCGCCAACGGGACGGCGGGAUCCGGCGAGGACCACACCGACGACUUCCUGGGCUGCCUCAACAUCCCCGUUAGGGACGUGCCCGUGGCCGGCGUCGACCGCUGGUUCAAGCUGGAACCGCGCCCCAGUGCCUCCCGUGUGCAGGGGGACUGCCAUCUGGUCCUCAAGCUGGUCACCACUCAGAGGGACACAGAGAUGAGCCGGCGCGGCCGCUUCGGCUUCCUGUCCUACCUGCUGCUGCUCAGCCGCGUGCUGCGCUACGAGCACCGCGCCGAGCAGCCCGACUCCAGCAGCUGGCGCGGCGAGCUCAGCGGGCCAGGGACCACCGUCCUCUGCCUCCACGGGGCGCAGAGCAACCUGUCGGCCCUGCAGCUGGCCGUGCUGCACUGGCAGGUCAGCAGCCGACACCACCAGACGCGCACGCUGGACUAUGGCUACCUGCUGGGGCUGCUGGAGGACAUGCAGGCGCACUGGGAGGAGGCGGCGUCGCUGCCUCAGGAGCAGGAGGAGAGCCUGGCCGACAGCUUCUCCGCCUUCUCCGAGUUCGCGCUGCGGCUGCUGCGUCAGCUCCGAGACUACUUCCCGGCCACCAACAGCACGGCCGUCUACCGCCUGGAGCUGCUGCUCAAGUGCCUGGACAAGCUGCAGCUGUUCCAGCCGUCCUUUGAGAUCUGCCCAUUCGAGACGGAGCUGAGCAUGGACAUUGCGGCGGCUCUGAAGAGGGGCAACCGCGACUGGUACGACAGACUGCUGAGUGCCCGGAGCCCCCGGGAGCAGCCGGGGCCGCAGCGCCUGGCCGGGCUGAUCCAGCUGGCCGACACCGUCUACGCGGACCUGCAGUCCUGCUAUGGCAUCUACGCCGGCCUUUUCCUCAGCAGCCUCAAGGUAGACUUCUUCACCCUCACCUUCCGGCAGCUGGAGCGUCUGAUGGCUGAGGAGGCCUGGGUGCUGACGGAGGAGCUGGGCCCCAAGAUGACCCUGGACGUGGCCUCGGGGCUCUUUGAGCUCUACCUGACCCUGGCGGACACUCAACGCCUUUGGAGCAGCAUCCCUGGCCGGGACAGCCGCUCCCUGGCCCUGGCUGGCAUCCACGUCCCAUUCCUGCCAGCCAUCAAGCUCUGGCUGCAGGUGCUGCGGGACCAGGCCAAGUGGCGCCUUCAGGCAGCUGUAGAAAUGGACACGCUGGAGCCUGUGGACGCUGCCUCCAAGCACAGCAGCUCGGCUGCCACCGCGAGCCUCUGCUUGGGCCACAUCCAGGAGCUCUGGGCCCGCCUGGCAUGGCCAGACCCCGGCCAGGCCCAGGCACUGGGCCUGCAGCUCAGCCAGGACGUGUGUGAGGCUACCCUGCUGUACACGGCGCUGCUGCGGAAGAAGGCGGAUGCCCAGCAGGGAGCUGGCGAGGCGUUGUGUGUGGUGCUCAACGACGUGGAGCUGGUGCGCAAGGCCGCUCGGCAGGCGCUGGGGGGCUUGGCGUGGCCUGAGGGCGCCGAGGGUGGGCUCCCCCGCUCCCUGCUCAGCUGCAUGUCGGCCCUGGAUGACGACCUGCAGCGGGACGCUCACACCGUGACGGCACACCUGACCUCCAAGAUGGUCGGUGACAUCAGGAAGUACAUGCAGCACAUCAGCCUGUCGCCUGACUCCAUUCAGAACGAGGAGGCUGUGGCUCCGCUCCUGAAGUACCUGGACGAGAAGCUGGCCCUGCUGAACGCCUCCCUGGUGAAGGAGAGUCUGGGCAGGGUGCUGGAGGCCCUCUGGGAGCUGCUGUUGCAGGCGAUCCUACAGGCUUUGGGAGCGAACCGUGACGUCUCUGCUGACUUCUAUGGCCGCUUCCACUUCACCUUGGAGGCUCUGGUUGGGUUUUUCCAUGCCGAGGGCCAGGGCCUGCCACUGGAGAGCCUGAGGGACGGGAGCUACAAGAGGCUGGAGGAGGAGCUGCGGCUGCAUAGGUGCUCCACUCGCGAGUGCAUCGAGCAGUUCUACCUGGACAAGCUCAAGCAGAGGUCCCUGGAGCAGAACCGGUUCGGCCGCCUGAGCGUCCGCUGCCACUACGAGGCAGCUGAGCAGCGGCUGGCAGUGGAAGUGCUGCACGCGGCUGACCUGCUGCCCCUGGAUGCCAACGGCCUCAGCGACCCCUUCGUCAUCGUGGAGCUGGGCCCGCCGCACCUGUUCCCAAUGGUCCGCAGCCAGAAGACGCAGGUGAAGGCGAGGACACUGCACCCCGUGUACGAGGAGCUCUUCCAUUUCUCUGUGCCCGCAGAGGCAUGCCGUCAGCGCGGGGCUUGCGUGCUGUUCACCGUAAUGGACCACGACUGGCUGUCCACCAAUGACUUCGCGGGGGAGGCUGCCCUGGCCCUGGGCUGCGUCAGUGGCAUUGCCAGGCCCCAGGUGGGCACCGCUGCCAAGGCCGUGCAGCCUGUCACCCUGCAGCUGCGCCGGCCCAGAGCCCAAGUGCGAUCUGCGCUCAGGAUGCUGGAGGGCCGCGCCAACAAGGAGGCCCAGGACUUUGUGAGGAGACUGAAGGAAAUGGAGAAGUGCAUGGAGGCAGAUCCCUGAGCCCCUCUGGCCGCCCCCUGCCGCCCCCGCCCCCGGCCGUCUGAGUGCUG